AUGGAAAAGAAGACAUCUGUUAUGGAGAAAUGUAGUCUUAUUUGCCACCUCCUGACAUUUCCAAUAGGAUUGCUUUACUCUCUGUGGAUCCUGCUGCCUGACGAAGACUUGGAAGCCUUGAACAUAACUUACUAUCCACCAAAACAAUGGGCCUUCAACAUACCUUUGGUGGCAUUGAUUCUGUUUUUUGCAAUACCUAUAGCCUACGUCUGGUUGAAUUCCCUCACGGUUCCUGCCACGACAUCUUCAGAUUUGCUGGAAGAUCAAUACACUCGAAGACCGACGACUACGAUAAAGCGUCAGAAAGGAAUUGCACCACAUUUGCCGCUUCCGGAAAUCUGUGAUUUGGAUCCCGCAGGCCUUGUAUGGUACCCAAACAAAUCAGACUAG